AUGAGGUCCUGGUCUAUGUCCCCGGGGGAGCAGGCCGAGGGCUCAGCAUUUCCAGAGGCGCCUCUGGGCAGUACUGGAGCCGGCUUCCAUAAUGGAAAGCUGGUGGCCGACGUGGCCAAGCGUCUGGGGGUGAGGCACGUGGUGUUCAGCGGCCUGGAGAACGUGGGGCGGCUGACGGGCGGCAAGGUGGAGGUGCUGCACUUCGACGGGAAGGGCGAGGUGGAGGAGUAUUUCUGGUCCAUCGGCGUCCCCAUGACCAGCGUGCGCUUGGCAGCUUACUUCGAGAACUUCCUCUCUUUAUGGAAGCCUGCGAAGGCCCCUGCUGGCGAUCACUACACCUUGGCACUGCCCAUGGGGGACGUUCCGAUGGAUGGAAUCUCUGUUGCUGAUAUUGGUCCAGCCAUCUGCAGCAUUUUCCAGUCUCCAGAGGAGUUUCUAGGCAAGGCCGUGGGCCUCAGUGCAGAAGCUCUGACGGUUCAACAGUACGCUGAGGUUUUGUCCAAGAGUUUGGGGAAGGACGUCCGAGACGCAAAG